AUUUGGCCACGCGGACGAAAAGGUUCAGAUAUCAGCGGCACUUCGAUGAGGGCGUCAUUAGUCAUUUUUUAGCGGCAUUGUUUUUUUAUGGCGUUCAGAGGAGAGACGCGUGUGUCUGUGCGGUAUAGGCUCUGGGUGGGCCGUUGCACCUUUAUUCUAUUUGCAUCUUUCUUCUUAGAGAUACUUCCGAUGUACUUUUCUCCUUUCUUUCGAUUUCACCCCCUCUCGCAGUUGAUUUUUCCCUGAUUCACAUUUUCUGUCAUCUAAUCAAUCUCGCAUGCUGGCAUACUUCUGCUGAUUGAUUUU